UUAUAACUUUUCAAAAUAUCACACAGAGAAGUCUGUUGUUCGUUGAGGGUUGAUAUACAGAGACAUUCAAUUUUGAUGUGUAGGAACUGGUUUCCCGGUUUUGUUUUCCAUGUUUUGAAACCUUUAUAUCCGGAGUUAUUUUCAACACCAAAAAAACAUAGCUAUUAGGCCUAUGAAAUUGCGAUAUUGUCGGCUAAACCGCUUAGCAUAAAAACAACAACAAAGUGGGCAACAUUACCCAAAUAAACUUGAUUGUGAUGAAUUAAACAUAGUUUUCCGUUCGUGGUGUUCGUUGGUGGAAGCUAUACCUUCUCCAGGCAUAUGGAAGAUUCGAAUUGAUUGUGUUUGAGUGGCUACGAGAAAAUUCACAGUGUAAGUUCGAUGGCCCUGAAAGAGUUGGCUGCUUAGAUGUGAUUCGGUUUCCCCUGAGAUCGGUUGUGUUCUGAUAGAGAAGGUAUCGAGUGAAGAUCCGUUUUUAACUACUUUCAUUAUUGUGAAGUUGCUAGUGAGUGUUGUGAACAGUAAAACAUAUCCAGUGUCUCAAAAGUACUAAUUAAAUGUGACUGAAUACUUGAAAAAAAAGUAAAAAAAAAACCACUAAUUAACAGUGAAUACUCCACUCUCGAUUGAAGACCCUUGAAAGCACGAAUGCUUAACUUUUCCAGUAAAACUUCAUAAAAAGUGGAAUAUCUGCAAAAAACCAUGGCUGUGUCUUUUGUACGUUGUGGUCUUCGCGCAGCAAUGCGAAGCGCACUUGAGAUAAGCGCACCUUGCUCAUCCAUUGCCGCUUCUGAUUGCUAUUUCGCUGCAGAGAGUAAGCCCUACAUUAACAGCCGUCUACCACUGAACUUAUCAACAAUAAGUGCUGCUCCGCUAUACCGCCCAUUUCCCACGGCAAUGGUGAUAAGUAGCCGCCACUAUUCAAAAUCAAGCAGAAACGAACGCCAACAGGAUAGUGAUUCUGACUCAGAUUCAGACGACGAAGAUAAUCGCCGCCGCCGUCACCAGAAUCGGCAUAACCGAGAACAAGAGCAUCACCUCCAUCAAGAAAGAGGUGACAGUGAAUUCUGGCGUCGUAAGAUGCGAACACUUCAUGGCAUCCUCGAUGUUAACAAUGAUGGCGUCAUUUCUUUUGACGACUAUUUAUUGUUGGCGAAAAAAUUCUCAGAUUUAGGACAUUUGACUCCAAAGGAGUACGAAGAAUUUAUCCAAGUGAUGAAGCAAACCUGGGAAGAGCAGUGGGGAGAAAUCAGCCCAUAUAACCUGGUUACUGCUGAACAAUUUUUAGUUGACAUGCAUCACGCUUUAAAUGACAAGGACUUGAUUAAGAAAGUCCAUCUUUUCCUACCGUAUAUUUUUAAGGCUGUUGACAUACAUCACUGUGAUCAUAUUGAAUUGGAUCAAUUCAAAUUAUUCUUCAGAUGUUUGGGACGUACCGAGGAAGAUGCUGCCGUAGCGUUUGCUAUAAUUGAUCAAAACGGUGACGGCAAGCUAACUCUCAAAGAGUUCGUUAAGCUCGGCAAGGAUUUCUUCUUAACCGAAGAUGAAAGACGGGUAUCAAAGAUGUUUUGGGGACCGUUAGUUACUGAUCAUUAAAUGAUUGGAUAAACAUUUUAUGUUUGAUUAAUAAUUAAUUAAUUUUGACGAAGUCGAUAAUUUAAUCAUUGUUUUUUUUGUCGAUUAUAUUUUGUCUGAUAUUAAUUUGAAAAAGCAAGAAGAAUACUUUAUUGUGAAAAGGUUGAGCUAUUUCACCUUUUAACGAUUUGCUGGAGUUCGUUUUUUGAAAGAGGUUUUAUACUUUUAGAAAAUGUAACGUGAUUUUAACUUUGUAUAUUUUAUUAUUCUUAAAUAAAUGGAAAUGUAAAA